AUGAGCAAGAAGGUAAAGGAAUGGGCACUGAUUGCUGUCACGUUGGCCUCUAUAGUUCUCUCGUUACCAAAGGCCAUAUACUUCAAAGUUCGCACAAUUGAAGUUGAAGACAAUCUAUUUGCAAAUGUUUGCGGUCCGGAUAUGUCGAUGUUUGGUGCAAAAGAAAUAAUCAAAGGCAACACAAUUUUCUUGAUUGUGAUGUCCAGCGUCCUGAUUAUAGCUAUGGGCAUUCUCUACAGCUGUGUGGGAGGGGUGAUAUACAGACAAACGAGACAUUUCAAAGAAAUGAAGGAUCAAAGUGCAAGACUGAAGCUGCUUUUUAGUAACAUUGCUGAAAAUGGUGCUAAAGGGUCGGAGACGGCAGAGACAAAUGAAGACCCCGACAACAUUAAAGAAACCCAGCAUCCACAGUUAAAGUUGAUGAUAUCAGGGAAUCCAUCUAGUGCGGUUAGCAGCAGUACAUCGAUAGAUGUUUGCAAAUCGGGUACUAUGGAUUCUAGGAAAUCAAACAAGACGGACACAAUUACUCUGUCUCACCGGAAGCGCUCUCUUGCCCAUUCUCUUAGCGCUAGUGCUAAAGCUCACAAGUCCAGCAUAAUGUUCAUCGUUAUCACUAUAGUGACAAUUUUAUCCUUUAUUCCGACUUGGAUUUUUAUACUCUUUGACUCUGGUAGUCCCGGUAGAUGGUUUAGGGUUUCGAACCUGGAACUUCAGUUGUUUCUAUUCAUGAGGUGCUUACAUGCUAUUGGUUAUACGGCAAAUCCGGUGAUUUAUGCUUACUAUGACAGAUCCUUCAGAAGAGAAUUAAAAGCCAUGAUUUGUAGACGCGAGGCCUUGAAACGAGGUUUGUCAAGUUCUUCUUGA